AUGAAGCUUCGAUUUUCGUCGCAUUCGUUUGCUCUUCUUGGUGUUGUUGCUGGGUGGACAAGAACGGGAACACAGAGUGUGCACGACAUUAUCGGCCGCUUGAAGAGUGCUCCUGGCGGAUAUAAACAUGUUGCCGAUGACGGAGUUAUACGCUCCUUCGGUCCAGAUGGCGCUGUGGUUGACGCUGCAAGGCUGACAAAUGCACAGCUCAUGAAAACUGCCCUCGAUCAUUACGACCCAGAUGCGCGGAACCACUUGGAGGAGAUAUGGAGUGGCGUUGAUGGUCACAAUGUCUCGGACAGUCAGCUCUAUGCACCAGAGGAACACUUGCUCCCUCUCUUCGUUACAAAUAAGACUAUAGAAAUGCACCUUCGGCAUAGUGAGGAGGAACAGCUCGCCAUAUUUGGACGGACCAUGGACGGCCUUAGGAACCGGCGGCAUGAUCCUCGAUGA